AUGAGUGAUGAGCGGCGGCUGCCUGGCAGCGCGGUGGGCUGGCUGGCCUGUGGAGGCCUCUCCCUGCUGGCCAACGCGUGGGGCAUCCUCAGCGUGGGGGCCAAGCAGAAGAAGUGGAAGCCCCUGGAGUUCCUGCUGUGCACGCUCGCGGCCACCCACAUGCUCAACGUGGCCGUGCCCAUCGCCACCUACGCCGUGGUGCAGCUGCGGCGCCAGCGCCCCGACUACGAGUGGAACGAGGGCCUCUGCAAGGUCUUCGUCUCCACCUUCUACACCCUCACCCUGGCCACCUGCUUCUCCGUCACCUCCCUCUCCUACCACCGCAUGUGGAUGGUCCGCUGGCCUGUCAACUACCGGCUAAGCAACGCCAAGAAGCAGGCGGUGCACACGGUCAUGGGCAUCUGGACGGUGUCCUUCGUCCUGUCGGCGCUGCCUGCCGUCGGCUGGCACGACACGAGCGAGCGCUUCUACACCCACGGCUGCCACUUCAUCGUGGCCGAGAUUGGCCUGGGCUUCGGCGUCUGCUUCCUGCUGCUGGUGGGCGGCAGCGUGGCCAUGGGCGUGGUCUGCACGGCCAUCGCCCUCUUCCAAACGCUGGCGGUGCAGGUGGGGCACCGGGCUGACCGCCACGCUUUCACCGUGCCCACCAUCGUGGUGGAGGACGCGCAGGGCAAGCGCCGCUCCUCCAUCGACGGCUCCGAGCCCGCCAGGACCUCGCUGCAGAUCACCGGCCUGGUGGCCACCAUCGUCGUCAUAUACGACUGCCUCAUGGGCUUCCCUGUGCUGGUGGUGAGCUUCAGCAGCCUGUGGGCUGACGCCUCGGCGCCCUGGAUGGCACUGUGUGUGCUCUGGUGCUCAGUGACCCAGGCCCUGCUGCUGCCCGUAUUCCUCUGGGCCUGCGACCGCUACCGUGCUGACCUCAAGGCUGUCUGGGAGAAGUGCAUGGCCCUCAUGGCCAACGACGAGGACUCGGGUGACGAAACCAGCCUGGAAGGUGGCAUCCCCCCAGACCUAGUGUUGGACCGCUCCCUGGACUACAGCUAUGGGGGUGACUUUGUGGCCCUGGACAGGACGGCCAAGUAUGAGCUCUCUGCCCUGGAGGGGGACCUGCCCCAGUUCUACCCUCUGCGGCCCUUGCAGGAGGACAAGAUGCAGUACCUGCAGGUCCCGCCCAUGCGACGCUUCUCCCACGACGACGCGGAUGUGUGGGCCGCCGUUCCGCUGCCCACGUUCCUACCGCGCUGGGGCUCUGGUGAGGACCUGGACGCCCUGGUGCUGCCCGGCGGGCCCGAUCGGUGCCGCGGCGGCCUGAUGGCAGAGGACGCACCCCCCUUCCGCCCGCGCCGUCGCUCGGCCGAGAGCCUGUUGUCGCUGCGACCCCCGGCCCUGGACGACGGCCCGCGCCUCGCCCCCGUCUCGCCCCCCGGCAGCCCGCGCCGCCGCGCCGGGCCCGGCGCCCGCUGCGCCUCGGCCUCGCUGCUGCCCGACGCCUUCGCGCUGACCGCCUUCGAGCGGCAGCCACAGGCCCUGCGCCACCAGCCCGCCUCGCCGGGGCCCUUCCCCGUCCGCGCCCUGCCCCUCGACGGCGCCCAGGCCGGCGGGGACGCGGCGCCCCCUGGCGGCGGUGGCGGCGCGCAACGGAGCCCCGGGCCGCGCCCGGCCGCACACGCGCAUUCCAGGACCCUGCGGACCGACCUGAGCGCGUCGUGGGGCGAACCCGGGGGCCUGCGCGCGGCGGGCGGCGGCGGCGGCGGCGGCGGCAGCAUCAGCAGCUUCUUGAGCUCGCCCUCCGAGUCGUCGGGCUACGUCACGCUGCACUCGGACUCGAUGGGUUCGGCGUCUUAG